AAGUUGCAACAUUAUUGAAGUUCCAGUGAUACAUCAGAGUGAUAAUAACAAAAACAUCAGUCAGUGUAAGUGUUCCCAUGUACCAGUGUUGGAAAGCAGUUCAUUGAAAUAUGACAGCAGUUCAUCAUUUCAAAGAAGAAUUUUCAACAGAAAGGAGUGUUUGAAUAAUUUGCCACCAGGUUUGCCUCUAGGGAAAUCAACCAUGUUACAAGUAACACCAGGCACGCCAAAAAAUUGGUCAGUAUUGAGGCUGUGCUCUGGAACAGGAACCCAGAGAGGACAAUACUCCAGGAAAAUCUGUGACAGUGAAAACAACUGCACUUUAUACUCACAGCUUGAUACAUCCACAUUGCAACCUAAGGGGUCGUGCAGGAAUCGGUCAGUCAGUCAUGUUUCAAACUUAACCAAAGAUUUUCUACAAGGGCAUUUAAUUACAACUUCAAAAUGGCAUGAUGUUAAGAGAGGACCUCAAAUCCAGUCAACUCAGGGAGGUACUAGGACAUCUUUGCAACAUGUCUUUGCCAAAGUAUCAUACAGCAGUUGGUUGUCAUUUCAUAACUCUUUGUCUUCCAUGGGGCCUGUCUUGGCAAGUGCCCCAUCUAGGUACAAGUCAACUUUUAGCCUUGCUUCUAACAACAGGACUAUCCUAUCAAAGAAACCUUUGAUCAGUCAUUCGAAUGGCAGUAUUAAGUCACACAGAUGGCCAGCUUGCAUGAAAACACAAUCUUCCAGACCCAUUUUUACCAAAAAAGUGGAUGUUUCACUGGAGAACAUCUUCAGCUCGGAGAACAAAGUUCGGUCACAGAGGGCACUGAAUACCAGUGGUAUUGAGGUAAAGGAUGAGGAGUGUGCCGCGCCCGCCAAGUCCAUCGUCAUCCCUAUCCACCAGAAGUCGAGGGAGGCAGCGGUGCUGGUGCCCCUGUGUACUGUCAAUGGCGUGCCUGCCAUACUGUUUACGCUGAGGACCACCAGGAUGAACAACCAUAGGGGGCAGGUCAGUUUUCCUGGAGGGAUGAAAGAUGAAGAUGAUGGCUCCAUAGUGGAUACAGCAAUACGAGAGAUGGAGGAGGAACUGGGGAUAUCAUCCAGCAAAAUAGAUGUAUGGGGGACACUACCCACUACAUCUAGCAAGAAUGAUGGCAGUAUCUUGGUCACACCAGUAGUGGCCACUUGUGGAGAAAUCACUGAAGACAGUCUGAUAGUCAACCCUCAUGAAGUGGAGGAGAUAUUCUUUCAAUCCAUUGAAUCACUAUGCAACCCUGAACACCAAGGUUACACAAGGUUUCGCACGGUCAUCAAGCCAGUAUACCCGAAUGGUUACACUUUGCCUGCAUUCACAGGGGGAGCACAUCGCAUAUGGGGGCUCACUGCUGUGGUUCUACAUCAGACCCUGAGGGCUAUAGCACCAGGCAUUUAUAACUACAGGAUACUGCAUGGGAAAAUGUAGCUAGAUUAUCAUGAAUAGUUAGGAUCUCUUUUUGGUUGAAGUAAAUGUUCUUUUUUUCUUUUUUAAAUUUAUUUUGCCAUUUUUUUUUUCUUUGAUUUAUAUUGGAAUAUUAAUUUUAAAGAUUAUCUAGAUUUUUGGCUGUCUAGUUUUUAUUAUUGUAGAGUGAGCCAUGCUGUUCCAAGGACUAGACUGAUUUUUUUGUUUUAUUGAAAUACUUUUGUUCAUCACUGUUUCUUUCUUUCUUCCUUUCUUUCU